AUGGGCAAAGUCAAAACGUUAGACCUGUCCAACACAAGCGGCGCCUACUUUGCGCCCGCCACCAUCACCCCCGCUGGCAGCCGCCUUUUGCACCUCGCCGGCCAGGUCGGUGAAACAAAGGAUGGCAUAUUGCCGGCUGAUUACCAAUCACAGAUCCACCUGGCGUUGCUUAACCUCCGAAAGAUAAUAGUGGCAGCAGGCGCCAGCAUAAAAGACAUUGCGAAGCUGACGCUGUACAUUGUCAACUAUGAUUACACCAAACGCCUGCACAUUCGGCACCUUCGAAAGUUCCUCAAAGGCCACAGGCCCGCAAUCACCCUGGUGCCCGUGCCAACGUUGGCUGUAGCUUCUUGGCUGUUUGAGGUUGAUGCGGUUGUUGUGCAGCCAGACCCUGCCUCGAUCGUACCGCCGGCACUGUCGGUUGCCAGGGCGAGCGACAGGUACGAUGCGGUCAUUGUUGGCGCAGGGCUGGCUGGUCUAUCUGCCGCACACGAGCUGAUAAAGGCUGGCCUGUCCUGCAUUAUCCUCGAGUCGCGAGAUCGAGUCGGUGGCAAGACGUGGAGUCAGGAAUUGGCCGGAGGCAAAGGCGUUGUUGAUCUGGGGGCAGCAUGGAUAAACGACACCAACCAAACCAGAAUGUUCGAUAUAGCUAAACGGUAUGGAGCCGAGCUGAUCGAGCAGAACACGCAGGGCAACGUCGUUCUCGAGGAUUUCGAUGGCAAUGUUUCGUCCUUUACAUACGGAGAUUUACCUCAUUUCGACACAGCUUCAAGAAAGAACGUCGAGGAAAUCAGAGACAUGUGUGAGGCCGACUGUCAAGCUCUUGAUACCUGGAAGCCGGAGAACACAGAGCUCGACUCGAUGACCAUGGAAGCCUACCUAAGGUCCAGGGGCGCCAGCAAGGCGGCUCUGGCGUCGGCUAUGGUCUGGACGCGAGCCAUGCUGGGGCAGGACCCUGCGGACGUCUCUGCCUUGUAUUUUCUCAACUAUUGCAAGUCUGGCGGCGGCUUGCUGCAGAUGCGCUCCGACCGCAAAGGCGGCGGUCAACACCUGCGAGUCCGCCAGGGAACGCAGUUUUUCGCUAAAUCCAUGGCUGCAGCGCUUCCGGAGGGAAUUGUUCGUCUGGACAACUCCGUCCGUGCCAUUGUCGGUGAGGAGGUAGGUGGGCAAUUAAAGGUACAGACCAAGGGUGGUAUUGUCUAUUCAGCUCGCAAGGUUAUCACCACCGUUCCCGGGCCUGCGCUGCAGAGCAUCUUGUUUUACCCUCCUCUGUCCCCUGUGAAGCGGGUCUGGGCCGAGUCCCUCAGCUACGGCUACUACACCAAGGCCAUGAUGCAGUUCAAGACACCAUUCUGGGUCGAAAAGGGCUUUUGUGGCCUUGCUCAAUCCUUCAUCGGCCCUGCCAGUGUCGUCCGAGACACUUCAAGCCCGGCGGAUGACAAGCACAUUUUGACGUGCUUCAUGGCAUCUGACCCUGGUAUCGCCUGGUCAAAGCUGUCAGCCUGCGAGAAGGAGCUUGCCUUAAUGAAGCAGCUGAGCAAGCUCUUCGAUAUGAGCAAUCUGGCAGACCAGUUUGUAUCGCUCAACCUCUACGAGUGGAACAAUGACGAGUGGGCUGGCUGGGGCUGUCCGUGCACUGCACUUUCUCCUGGCGUGCUCGACACGCUUGGUGGUGACGGUUUGCGCCUUCAAGCUGGCAACUUGCACUUUGCUGGGACCGAGACUGCUGGCGAGUGGAAGGGCUACAUGGAGGGUGCAGUUCGCAGCGGUGAGCGUGCUGCCGCCGAAGUUAUCAGAGACUUGAGUGUAGGUCCUGUUUCCAAGCUGUAG